CUCACAAUUGUUUGUUUGCAAUCCACUUUCCAAAAAAACACAACUUCAAUCAAAAAUCAUUAUGGUUUCCUACAAGUUGACCUACUUCAAUGGACGUGGCGCUGGAGAAGUGUCUCGUCAGAUUUUCGCCUAUGCCGGACAACAAUACGAGGAUAAUAGAGUCACUCAGGAACAAUGGCCAGCAUUGAAAGAAACCUGCGCUGCUCCAUUCGGACAACUUCCAUUCCUCGAAGUCGACGGUAAGAAGCUUGCUCAAUCCCACGCGAUUGCUCGUUUCUUGGCUCGUGAGUUCAAGCUCAACGGAAAAACCGCCUGGGAAGAGGCUCAAGUGAACUCUCUUGCCGAUCAAUACAAGGAUUAUUCAAGUGAGGCUCGUCCAUAUUUCUACGCUGUCAUGGGAUUCGGUCCAGGAGACGUUGAAACUUUGAAGAAAGACAUCUUCCUUCCAGCAUUUGAAAAGUUCUACGGAUUCUUGGUCAACUUCUUGAAGGCUUCGGGAUCCGGAUUCCUUGUCGGAGACUCUUUGACCUGGAUUGACUUGGCUAUUGCCCAACAUUCAGCUGAUUUGAUUGCCAAGGGAGGUGAUUUCAGCAAGUUCCCAGAGCUCAAGGCUCAUGCCGAGAAGAUCCAGGCGAUUCCACAAAUCAAGAAAUGGAUCGAGACCCGUCCAGUCACACCAUUCUAAAUAGCUGUAUAAAAUCUGCAAAUAAAUAUUUUUUUUUUUU